AGCCUUGUUACUUGUAUCACUUUUUGCUCCCUGCUACUAUUUAUCUUUUUUCCUUUUUUAUUUGGCGCCUCGGCUUUGCUGCUGCCCCUUUCCACGAAGGCUUCGGUGAUGACCUCUUAGAUUCUGCCGACCAUCACCAUCUUUCUCUCACGUCCCGCGUUCGGUUCCCCACAACCCUUCUCUCUCUCCUUCCUUCUCUUUCUUAUGCUACAUAAUAUCAACGUUUCGUAUUCCAAUUUCGCAGUCACUAUUCCUCGUCUCUGUCUUCUCCUCCUACCAUGGCUUCCCAGCAGCAGUUAUCUGCCAUAAAGGGCGCGAGAGUGCUUAUGGUCGGGGCAGGUGGUAUCGGUUGCGAGCUGCUCAAGACUCUUGCUCUCUCUGGCUUCCAAGAUAUUCAUAUUAUUGACAUGGACACCAUAGAAGUGAGCAACCUCAACAGACAAUUUCUAUUCCGGCAAUCACAUGUCGGGCAAUCCAAGGCCAAAGUUGCUCGGGAAGCUGUCUUAAAAUUUAGGCCUCACAUAAAAAUUACACCAUACCAUGCAAAUGUCAAGGAUCCUGACUUUAAUGUGGACUUCUUCAAGCAAUUUAAUGUUGUUCUGAAUGGACUUGACAACUUAGAUGCGAGGCGACAUGUGAAUCGCCUAUGCUUGGCAGCUGAAGUCCCUUUGGUUGAAAGUGGAACGACUGGCUUCCUUGGACAGGUAACUGUACAUGUGAAGGGAAGAACAGAGUGCUACGAGUGUCAGCCAAAACCUGCCCCAAAAACAUAUCCUGUCUGUACCAUUACCAGUACUCCAUCAAAGUUUGUUCACUGUAUUGUUUGGGCAAAGGACCUUCUUUUUGCAAAGUUAUUUGGAGACAAGAAUCAGGAGAACGAUUUAAAUGUGCAUUCUACUGAUGCUGCUAGCUCAUCAGAACAGGCAGAAGAUGCAUUUGAACGUAGGAAAGAUGAAGACAUUGAACAAUAUGGAAGGAGAAUAUAUGACCAUGUGUUUGGUUAUAACAUUGAAGUAGCUUUAUCCAAUGAAGAGACAUGGAAAAACCGUAAUAGGCCAAGACCUGUAUAUAGUAGGGAUGUUUUGCUCAAUGGACUGGCUCAACAGAAUGGAAAUAUUUUUGGUGCAACGGAUGACCCGUCGUCAGUAUCUGCUAUGGCAUAUCUGGGAAUGAAGAACCCACAAGAUAUAUGGAGCCUCAUGGAAAAUUCUAGAAUCUUUUUGGAGGCUUUCAAACUAUUUUUUGUGAAGAGGGAGAAGGAAUUUGGGAACCUGACUUUUGACAAAGAUGAUCAGUUAGCUGUGGAAUUUGUUACUGCUGCUGCAAAUAUAAGGGCUUCUUCUUUUGGAAUCCCCUUGCAUAGCCUUUUUGAAGCUAAAGGUAUUGCUGGUAAUAUUGUCCAUGCUGUUGCAACAACAAAUGCUAUUAUUGCUGGGUUGAUUGUAAUAGAGGCAAUCAAGGUGCUGCAAAAUGAUACAAACAACUAUAGGAUGACAUAUUGUCUAGAGCAUCCAACAAGGAAGAUGCUGCUGAUGCCAGUGGAACCAUUUGAACCUAACAAAUCUUGCUAUGUUUGUUCAGAGACACCACUAACGCUAGAGAUCAAUACUCACCGUGCAAAGUUGCGAGACUUUGCUGAAAAGAUUGUUAAGGCCAAGCUUGGGAUGUACUUUCCACUUAUUAUGCAUGGGUCGGCACUUCUUUAUGAAGUUGGUGACGAUCUUGAUGAAGACAUGGUAGCAAAUUAUGCAGCCAAUCUUGAGAAGGUGCUGUGUGAGCUCCCUUCUCCAAUUACUAGUGGGACUACCAUCACAGUUGAGGAUCUAAAACAGGAACUUACUUGCAAUAUCAAUAUCAAGCACAGAGAGGAAUUUGAUGAAGAAAAGGAACCUGAUGGAAUGCUCCUCUCUGGAUGGACUCAAUCUUCUUCGGUGGAGAAGGAUGAUAACAAGUCUAUUGUCAACGGUGGGAGCACAUCAAAUGCAUCACAAACUGUGCCAGGUGAUUCUGAAAAGAAUGAUGAGAUGGGAAGUGUUCCUUCUGGGAAGAAAAGGAAACUGUCUGAGGUUCCUGAUGCUGCUGCUCAAGAUCCUUUAAGUGUUACUGAUAGUGAUGGAAGUAGAAAUCAUGGGAAAUUAGAAUUGGUUGAUGACGAUGAUGACCUUCUCAUGCUUGACGCUGACCCAGGCAUUAACAAGAAGAAAAGGUUGCAAUAGUCCUUGCUUGGGCUUAAUUCUCAGGGGUGCAUCUUACAUCCUAAUUUUGUACGAUUAGGGAGAUAUGGUGAUUCUUUUGGUGCUCAUAAUGGUUGUUUUAGGUCUCAAUAUUUAGUCUUUUGCUCGAGUUAGACACAAUUAGUUGGUCUCUCCAUUCCCUUGUAUGGUUUACAUGGUAGCAGCGACGUGUAUUUUUCAUAGCUAAAUUAACUAAAGGUUAGUUGGACUGUAGCAUUGAUGGAGAUUGACCCAAACGAACUCGGUGAUUGACUUAAUGACCAUAUUGUUACAACUUUCUCAGGUGCUA